AUGGGAAUUAUCACAGCUCCAUUUGGCCAGUGGCAAAGCCCUAUCAGCUCGACUCUGCUGGGUGCCGAUGGCGUCCAGCUUGAGUCCAUCGCAACAUCCAAUGGGAAGAUUUAUGUCAUUGAAGGUCGACCCAAGGAGCAAGGAAGAGGUUGCAUCGUUGAGUACACUGGUAAAGAGGGACGCGAUAUUCUGCCAGCGAAAUAUAAUGCGUCCAACAAGAUUCAUGAGUACGGAGGCGCGUCUAUGAUUGCCUUCAAUGAGCAAAUCAUCUUCACCGACAGUGCAUCGCAGGAUUUACACAAAUUGGACCCUUCAACUGGUGAUGUCGAGCGCAUUACCAACACUGGCGCGACUCUGCGCUACGUGUGUACCGCCGCUAUCAGCACUUCAGCCGGCAACAACGUCGAGCCAGCAUGGCUUCUGGCAAUCGAGGAAGAUCACAGCAAGCCGUCGCCAUCUGAAGUUCAAAAUCGCCUGGUGGCCGUGAAUUUGCAAAACAAGGAAAUCGUCAACGUCGCCUCCGGUGACGACUUCUACAGCGCUGCGCAAUUCUCACCUGACGGGAGCCGAAUUUGCUGGAACCAAUGGUCUCAUCCUGACAUGCCCUGGACGGGAGCUCGCGCAUAUGUGGCCAACUGGAACAACGGUCAGGUCACUGAUGUGAAGCUCGUCGCCGGCGUGCCUGAGAAGGAGAGUGUUUCUCAGCCGCGGUGGGGUGCCGAUAACACCUUGUACUUCACGAGUGAUCGCACGGGCACUUGGCAGCUGUAUCGCACUAACGUUGAGAACCUGGAAACAAAGAAGCUGGAGCUCCAUGGUCUCGAAGAUGCAGAGUUUUCGCAACCGGAUUGGCGUCUUGGAAACUGCACAUAUGUUGCGCUCACUUCCAACUCGAUGCUCGCGUCCUACAACAAGAAAACUCGCUGGACAUUCAUUCUGAUCGACCUCACCACGGACACCUGGAAAGAUCUCAAUGUCCCAGUGACAGACUCAAUCAUCAUCGCGGAUACCCCAAUCUCAGACUCAAAGGUUGCCCUCCUCGGGUCCAGUGAGACAAACUUCAGCACAUUGUUCACACUGGACAUUUCCGAGCAAGUCCAGCUCACUGCGAUAAAAGCCGCAUCAGACUUCGCAAUGCCUGAUUCCUUGAUCUCGCGCCCGGAGCACAUCUCUUUCCCCAGAGUUCACGGUACCAAUCUCGAGGGGGAGUCGCAUGCGAUCUACUACCCUCCCCAAAAUCCAGACUACCAAGCACCCUCUGGGACUUUGCCUCCUUUGAUUGUUUGUGUUCACGGUGGACCGACCUCCAUGACUGGAUCUGGUCUCAAUGUCACUGACCAGUAUUGGACAUCUCGUGGUUAUGCCGUCGUCUGGGUGAACUACGGAGGGAGCUCUGGAUACGGCAGAGCAUACCGGGAUUCAUUGAAUGGACAAUGGGGUCUCCUCGACACCGCCGAUGCAGCCAGUUGCGUGUCGCAUCUCACCUCCACCGGAAAGGCAGACAAGAACGGAGUCGGGAUCCGUGGCGGCAGCGCCGGCGGCUACAUCGUCCUCCAGGCUCUUUGUGACUACCCCGACAUUUUCUCCGGCGGUGCCUCGUUGUACGGAAUUGGGAACGUUCGGACUCUCUGCGAGGACACUCACAAAUUUGAGAGCCAAUACGCGUUCGCGUUGUUGUUCGAGCCGGGCACGGAUGAAGCCGGGAAGAACCGCAUUUUCUUGGAACGUAGCCCUUGCUACAAAGCUGACAAGAUCACAGCGCCCUUACUGUUCCUCCAGGGAGACGAGGAUCGCGUUGUUCCCCUAAACCAGGCCGAGGAAAUGGUCGCAGAGAUGAAAAAGGCGGGUCGCGAGUCGAAGUUGGUGGUAUUCAAGGGCGAAGGUCAUGGAUUCCGACGGGCGGAGAAUCGCAUUGAUGCAGUGGAACAAGAAGAAGCGUGGUGGAAGAAAGCUCUAUUGAAGCUAUAG